UCGCGCGCAGUGAGCGAGAACAGUCGUGAGAUUACCUGUGUCUUGUGUGUGCCGACUCUAUGGAUUAACUUGUCAUGGACCGGAUCUGCUGCCCCGAGGAGCGGCGGCGGGCCGACCCCGCAAACGAUCAAGAACUCUCUCCCGGGCUCGUUGCCGGAUGCCGGGCGACUCCGCCGCCCGCCAGAGCGUACUGGAGGCCCCUCAGAUUUAUACAGCAGUUCGGACCUGGUCGGCCUUGGAUCAGCAGUCACACUUCCACAAUGGUUCCUCAACUUCUUUUCGCCCUUCUGUACAUUUUUACGGUUUUCAGGAUAGCAGAGUCAUGUUCUUCGAGGUCGACGCCGAAACCUCGUCCGACGUCGGCCACAAUGCGACCCAACAUUACCUUCCAAACUUACGCCUGUCCAGAAGCUUAUGCCAAGUGGUACUGCUUAAAUGGCGCCACGUGUUUCGCCGUCAAGAUCAGGGAUUCCAUUCUUUAUAAUUGCGAGUGCGCUGAUGGCUACAUGGGCCAGCGUUGUGAGUUCAAAGACUUGGACGGUUCCUAUCUCCGUAACCAGCAGAGAACGAGUCAUGAUCGAAAGGGCGAGCAUCGCUGGUGGAGUCACAAUAGCAGUCUUACUCGUAGCUCUUAUCUCGCUCAUCUUCUACAUACACACGAGGCGGCGUUGGCGGGAGAAGUAUAUCGCCUAUUAUCCGGAGGAGGCGAUGAUCUGCCAUCAUCACCUAGUACAACCACAUUCUCGCCUCAUGAUUCCUGACGGAGGGACGAAGAGGCUGCUCCUGAAAUGUCCGACGCUACCACAAGUGAUCAGCCAAUCACAUUUCCUCGAACAUUACUACCGUCCGCAACGACAAUGAGGAUUUUUUUGAAGUGACUUCACCUCCUCCCCAUCCCCAACGGAGGAGCACGAGCUCUCUCUCUUCGACUAGAUUUGAAUUCGAGUCAAUUCCUGAACAGCUCAGUGCACUAAGCACUUCCUCGAGUUCAGUUAGUUGUGCGACAAGUGUUGGUUUAGCUACAAGAAAACAAAAGGCUUUCAGCAGCUAAAUAGCUUCAAAAUGGAAUGGGCGCAAAAAUCAUUGAAACAUUAAAAAUGUUUUCAAAAUUAUAUUUGAUACUGCGCCGCUUUUGCUUAAAUGGAUGAUAAUUAGUAGGAAAAAUAAAAAAUCAGAACCAUUUUUUUUAUAGUUUUUUUCAGUCAAUACUGAGAACUCAUUGAUAGUUUCGCUACUCUGGCAUUGAUAUCGCGACGCCAUUGACAUAACAGCCGAGUUAAAAAUAAUCCACCAACUCAUGUUUUCUAUCUUUCUUUCACGAAGUUAUUUCCAAAAGUCCCAACCUCCCUUUGUUCUCAUAUUUUAGAAUGUUAUCGUUGAUUUCAAUUGACGAAUAAAAGAGUUUUCGACUAAAAGUUUUCUUUCUUCUAAAAAAUUGAAUUCUUUUCUUCGAAUAAAAGCAAAAUUCUUAAAUUUUCAAUACAUUUUUAAACAAAUACUUUACCUUAAUUUCAGUUUUAUUAUUUUAAAGGAAUAUAAGUAUUAAAAUAAGUUUAAAUAUAAAACAAAUUUUCUAGUUAAUUGGCAAACCUGUAAAUGUAACCAAGUAAUUCCUCACCAAUUUUUUUAAUCUUUUAAAUUAAAGUCUAUGGCAACAAACUGAAAUAAUUUUUCAUUGAAUUGAUAUUAUUCCUUUCUAAACUGAUUUGGAAACUGAGAUUUUUCCGAAUAAGAAAACAAUCAAAGAAUUUUUAUAGAAAGUCUUCCUUAACCCAAAUCCACAGCAAUGAAUAAAUUUUUAUAUAUAUUCCUAUUUUAAUAUCAAAACUUAACUUCAAAGAAAUUUUUUACUUUAUGCGUCCAUUCCAUUAUGCCGUAGACAGACCGGAUGGAACCGGUUCUGUAACUGAUAACAAGCAUGCUUUAAUUCGGUACACGCACAAAUUUCUAAAAAUUUUGUAAUUAACUACUUAUUUUAUCAAAAAUAAGUAAACACGGGAUAGAAUAAUAAAGCUCUACAGUGUUUAAGUGUUAUAACCUAAAAAUAUCUUUUAAUUAUAGAUAAUUCUAUUCUUUAAAAUUAGGAUCCUAAAAUAUAUUUUCAUUAUUAUGAGAUUUAUAACUGCAGUUUCUAGUCUAAGUUUGAUACUGCGCUGAUGUCAAAGUGGAAACACAGGAUCAGUAUUCAGCCAUUCAUCCGAUGACAGACGCUAAUAAUGAAAUAUUUCUAUGAAAUAUCAAAACACCUUUUGCUGCAUUUUGCAAAAAAAUGGCAAUGAAUCUUCAAAAUGAUUAUCACUGCAUUAUAAUGAAUGAGAAGGAAAUAAUAGUCCACUGUAUUUUAAAUAAAUUAUACCUUUUGCUUGGCAGUAAUCGCUUACUUCAGCCUUUAUUUCAUAUUGUAGAAAGUAAUCAAAAAUAAUUUUCAAAAUGCGUUUUCUUUCUUGAUGGAUAAAAAAAAUCAUAUUAUCAAAAUGUUAGUCGUCACGGUUACUACACAUACUAACAACCAUCUUUCUGCUGGAUACGUUUCGAGCUUUACAACAAAAUUAACUUAAAGCAGCUUGUAACUUCAACAAGAAGUAAGCAUGGGGCAGACUGAGGAAAUAUGUUUUGUUUGCAAGGAAUAGAGAAGAGAGAGAGCCCUGUAAAUAAAUUACCAUCGUGUGUUCAUUCUGUAGGGGAAGGAACCGAGAAUGUGAUCCGUGUCUAAGUCAAAUGGAACUUGUAAAAAAAAUUAAAAGAAAAGAUUACUAAAGAAAGAAAGAAGCGCCUCGGCCCGUUUGUGUUGCCCUUGCCAGAGACGUUUUCGGGAUACGCAGGCCCAAACUCCGUCCAGAACUCACCUACAGAAGUGUAUAGUGGCGCCAUCUGUGGAGGAGAGGGGUCUCGACAGGGUAUUGCCAAAGUUCGUUACUGCAUGGACAGUGAAAUAUAUUCCUAACUGACACUUUUUUCCGUCCAGCUUUACUUCAUCGACGGACUUGAUAUUUGAGCUGCAAAUAUGGGCAGACUGUGUUUGCAUUCUAUGGCUGCAAUUUGUGUUAAAAGCUUUCCACACCUAGUUCACCCCCCGUACAGGGACGAAGCUGUCGAUUUUUAUUUCCAGCCAUCAGAGAAAUGGACAUGGCGAUUGCCUGGAAUUGAAUUCCCACCACCUAAUCAGUUUCAAGAAAGAAGGGGGACAAUAAAUGAAGGCUGUGAUACCUUCAAUCUCAUGUCACUCUGCGAGCUGCUCCCCCUCCACGAGGGUUUGUAAUGCCACUGCAGCUGCUUCUGUAUACAUUCCAGCCUCAUUUUUUUUUUUUUUUUUUUUUUUUUUUUUUUUUUUUUUUUUUUUUUAUGUUAUGAUAGUUUGAAGAUUUUAAUAUAAUUUAUCCUUAAAAUAAUUUUCCAUACUUUUUGCAAUGGAUCCUAUUAAAGCACUUAAUCGAAUGAAAAUGGUAUACUUAUUUAUUGCUUUUCACACAAUUUUCUUGAUUCCUUCAUCUAAACUGUAACAUAAAAUAUUUUAAUUCUCGAUCUGAGAU